AAAAAAGUUAUAAUACACAACUUGUUAAUAUUAUUAGUUGAUAAAUUAUAUUAUAAGAGGGCUCUGACAUCGAAAAACGUGAUGAUAGUUGUGCUUGUCUAUUUACGCGAAUAAGAAUUUUCUUUAUUUAUUAUUAUUAAACAUAAUGUGAGUUGGUUACAGAAAAUAUAAUAUUGUAUUAAGUAAAUCUUUCCCACAGAGAGUUAAAAUAGUGAAAAUAUUAAAUUGAUUUAUAUCACAGGACAACGAUCGUUAAAUGUUUUCUGUAAUAUAAUUCCCGCCAAAUUUUUUACAUUGUGGCGCUAUUAAUUGACAUUGUUUUUAAUUUUGUUAUGUUUUUUAUGAUCUAGUAUCAUGUUUCAAACAAAUAUUAACUAUCAUUAAAAAUAAAAAAAGACUAAAUAUAUGUUUUAUAAUUUAAAUAAGAAAUAUUAAAAAUGGUUCGUCGAAAAAGUAAUCCGAGAUCAAUUGAUGAUCCACAAAAAUCACCUAGCAUAAAGUCUAGACCAAAUAUAUCAGCAAACAGACGAACACUUCGGACAGCGCGAGCUUUAAAAGAAAUUCGAUAUUUAAGAAAAACUGUAAAAUUAAUUAUACCAAAAGCUCCUUUUGCUCGUUUAGUUAGAUAUAUUAUUAUAGAUUUAUUUCCUAAUAGUGACGUAGACAGAAUUCAAGCAUCUGCACUUGAAGCACUGCAAGAAGCAGUUGAAGCAUAUAUUGUUCAAUUUUUUGAAGAUUGCACGUUAUUGUCACAACAUGCAAAACGUGUAACUCUUCAAAUUCAAGAUGUAAUUUUAUUGCGUCGACUUAGAGGAAGGGAUGAUAUUAUAAAUAGAUAAAAUAAUUUUAUUUUUAAAUUCAUCAUUUGUAUCAUAUAAUUAAUUGAACAUUUAUUUCAUAUAUAAUUAAUAUUAUUAAAAAAUUUUAACAAUUUAAUGUAACAAACAACAAUUAAUGUAUAAUAUAAAUAUAAAAAUUGCAAUUUUUGCUUUAUGAAAUAAUAUUUUAAAUAAUAUUUUAUAUUUGUAAAAAUGGAAUUUUUUAGUAUCAAUAAAUUAAACUUGUAUUGGUUUGUUCAAUAAGAUUUAUUUUAUAAGAAACAAACUUUUAAUAAAAUUCUUUUACUUUACGAAACUUUGGUAAAAUAUACAUUUCUCAAUUUUUAGAUAGGUCUUUAAAAUAAUAUACGUCGAAGCUUCGUAAUUCAUUUCAUAUAGAUUUUGUUUGAACUUUCUAUGUACGUAUGUAAAAUAACCUCAGUUAAAAGUGAUACAGUAAAAACGAUAAAAUAAUAUCGUAACCAAUUGUUACGUUUAAAUUUCUUUUGUUAUUUCGUGCGGGUUAGCUGCCAUCACUGACGACAUAUGUCAUAAGUGAAACACAUUAUGAUAAUCUAAAAAACCGACUAAAAAAUAGUAUUACAAAUAGCAAUGCUAUCUAUCUACGCAUUUAUAUGUAUAAUCUAUAAUACAAUUUGAUAAGGAAAUAUAAAAGUUACCUGAAAAAACAGGUUACUUUUUCAUGUUUGUAUUACAUC